AAAGUAUUAGAAGAGACGCGGAGUGUAGUUAGGGUUUUACGAAGUUGACGCUAAUCUGCGCCACCGUUUCUUCUCCCAACUAACUCCAACUAUAUAUAUUCAUUGAUUGCUUAGACUUCGUCUCUGACAAAAUUUCUAGGGUUUUCGCUUUGGCCUCUUUCCAAUUCCCAAAUGGCUGAAGAGAGGUACAGCGGCGUCGUUCAGUGGUUCAGCAACUCCAAGGGUUUCGGCUUCAUCAAGCCCGACCAAGGCGGUGACGACCUCUUCGUCCACCACUCCUCCAUCCAAUCCGAUGGCGCUUUCCGAACCCUAGUUGAUGGCGAUCGCGUCGAGUUCUCCAUUGCUGACAACAGCGACAAGCCCAAGGCUCUUGACGUCACUGGCCCCAAUGGCGCGCCUCUGCGCUCCGCUCACGACUCUGCUCGCGCCGGUAACGAUAACAGACGCAGCGCUGGUGCUGGAGGAGGAGGAGGCGGCGGAGCCUGUUACCAGUGUGGUGAUUUCGGUCAUCUUGCUAGGGAUUGCAGCCGUGCUGGCAAUGGCGGUGGUGGCGGCGGCGGCGGUGCAUGCUACAGUUGCGGCGGAUUCGGACACAUGGCUAGGGAUUGCGUCAGUGGAGGCGGCGGAGGAGGAGCAAACGGUGGGGGCUGCUUUAAAUGCGGCGAGUUCGGGCACAUGGCGAGGGAUUGCAGUGGAGGUGGCGGUGGCGGUAACGGUGGUGGUUGCUAUAGGUGUGGUGAGGUUGGUCACUUGGCUAGGGAUUGCAACAGAGAAGGUGGUUCCGGUGCUGGUGGAAACGGUGGAAAGAGCACGUGCUUCAAUUGUGGGAAACCUGGGCAUUUUGCUAGGGAGUGCGUUGAGGCCUCUGGUUAAAGAAAAAUAAAAUAAGUGAAUUGGGGAAAAAGACAAGACAAGGAGGAAUAGUACAUACUCUUCUUUUUUGAGCCUUUUUUCACAGUACUUGUUAAUUACCUUUUAGCCCAGUAUCAGUAACUUUUUCUUUUGGUUUAUCAAAUUCUAGAAUUACACAUAGGAUUUCUCCUGGUUCUUAAUGGUUUUCGCAUGCAAUUUUGCUUCUUUAACUGAUGGCUUGAUGCUUUAUAGGAUGGGAUGCAAAAAAUCCUGAUUUUUCUUA